AUGGGAAAAGGAAAAACUGUUAAACGAAAUUGUGCUCCGGAAGUUACAGUUGUUCAAAGUGAAACCCCACAACGGAAUGUCAUCCCUUCCAGUUGUCCAUCUUUUUUUACUAGGUGUUUCAAAAAGAAUCACAGACGUCGCAGAGAAGUUGUUAAUAAACCAUAUCCCGAAGAGCCUGAAACGCGCGAGAUUUACGAUUAUAUAGUAGAAAAACUGGUAAUAAAAAGAGUACCGAUAAGCUUAUUCGCAAUGUCACACGACACUUACGACACGGAAACGAAGUCGGAAGAUUGUGGUUGUGAGAAGAAUACAUCGACGAAAGUGGGUCAGAGUACGAAAAGUGUUUAUUCCAUUGCGCCAGCUGCGAAUUCCCUUUUUUACAUCGCUGGAAAAAGCGAACCAAGUACUUCCGGUUUCACGAGCAACGGCAAAAUGUUACGUUUUACUCCAAACGAAAAUGAUCAACUGGAAAGUUACAACGAUAAUGCAAUCAUUCGUCAAAAUUUGACGAAAAAGCUCGACAAAUUCACUGCCCUUCAUCCGAAUCUGAAGGAAUCUGAAAGAGUACCGAAAGAUCCGUGUCCGUUGAACACUGCUUCGAAAAGUCGACGUUCGUUGGCCGAAGAAAUAUCGGAAAUCUCAUCAACGACGAAGAUAGAAACGUCGGGCUCAUCAAAUAUAACUAAAGAUACAUCGACCAAUGAGGCCACGAACAAAAACAAUGUCAAAUUCAACGGUCCAAGCGGUUCGUCGUCCGUUUCUCGUAAUCAAGAAAUUCCAACGAGAGAUAAACCAGAAACGACGGAAACAUCAUCAAACCGUUCGAGAAAUGAAAAUAUUUCGUGCUUUCCUUUCGGUCGUCGAUAUUUCGAGAGCAGAAAUCACGAAGUCAACGAUCCAGAUGACACGGCGAUAAAAAACACGAAUUACACGAUCGCACCUGUUCAGGUCCACUACAAUUCGCCUAACUUGAUGAACAUACGAAAAAGCAUAAAAAAAAAUCUUCCUAUCGAAAAAUCAUCGUCGAAUCUGGACCACUCGAUUGUUAAUACAUCGACGGAAAAUCAAGAAAUCGAGAAUCCAAAAACAUGUGAUUCAUGUGAAACUAGCGAACGGCCUGAAAUUUCUAACGACCAAAAAGCUGAUAAUCUCGCAGGCACGACACUCAGAUGGAAAAUAAUAAUAAAACACCACCCACCUGAGAAUCCAAAAAAAAUUGAUAAAAAGGAGCAAAUCGGUUCAACCAUGUUACCAACCCCGAAUAAAAUUCCGCCGUAUUCAGUUGUGGGAAUGCAAAAAUAUUCGUUCGAAAAGUCUAAAAUUGAUCAGGAUUCCCGACAAAAACGAAAAAAAUAAAGUAUACUUUUGAAAAAUUGUCAUCGCAAUGAAUUUCAUUAUUUUUCUUUGAAUUCAUGAAUUUUCAUGAUUUUGCUUUGAAAAAUAUUUCAAAGCGGAUUUCGUAACGGGAAUUUCGGGGGAAAAUGCAGGAACAAAAAUUUCACAUGUUCCAAAUACUCCGAGUGUUGAAGGAGUUUUUCAUUUUUUGAAUUAUUAUCCAAUUUAUUACAUAUAAUGUUAACAUUUUUAUAAUUAAAUUCGAUCGGUUGCUCAUAUAAAAAUACCGUUUACAUUUUGUUGAACAGAAAUUUUGUGGUCAUUCCUUUUUUAUCGUCGCAGGCAUAAUUUUUCAAGUCAAUAAAUCUGUUUACGGAACCAAAUAGCUCCGUUUUAAAUAAAUUUGUCAAGUAAUACGACUCACCAAUUGAUGAGCAACUUUUUUCGAUUUGUCUUAAUUAUUAUUCUUAAGCGUUAUCAAAUUUUGUUUGCUGAAUUAAAUGAAUAUAGUUCCUGCAUUUAUUCGAGGAUAAUCGAUAAGUCUAGAAGAACUCAGUGACUAAUUUUCAAAAAAUUGAAAUAAACAAUACUCACAUAAACAAGACAUAACCUUAUAUAAUAAUAUAAGGUAUAUAAUUAAGUCUGAGAGAUAAAAAUUAUUUCCUUAAUUGAUAAACAACUUCACAGGUCAGCUUCGAGUCUGAAAAGAGAUAAAGCACGAUUAGAUUUCUCAAAUAACACUGUUUAGUGAGGAUCGAUGAAAUAUUUAUAUAUAUAUCUAUCUAUUAACCUGGCUCGUUUAGUAGAAUCUUCGUUGUCAGGUUUAUUUUCAUCCGUGCUGUCGGAGAAUAAUUUUUUCGUUCCGACCUGAUGAAAUAAAUAGUUGAUUAAAAGUUUUCGAUAGUUUGAAAUAUCACCAUUGCUUUGAUCUAUUCGAUAUACACUUACAUUUGCUUCAUUUCGAUUUGUACAAAUUUCAGGAUUGCAGUUACAGUUGGAACAACUCGUUGCAUUUUUUCGACACGAACAUAAGCGUGUUGAACAUUGACUUUUGCAAGAGCACUUGAUUAUUCCGUCGAAUGAUCUUUUCUCUCCUGAGAGUGACUCGGUGCUUCGAUUUUUCGAAAAUCGCUGAAAAUUUCGAAGACACAAUUCCAUUAUUUGUGCCCAAAUAUCGACUAGAAGUUACACAUUAUUUUGUUAUGAUUUUUCACUCACUGCUUUUUGAAUGCGUUUGUAAAGUGGAGUUUUCUUCCAAUCGGGAUCGUUGGCGUCAUCGAUCUCGCUGAAACUGUCAUCGGUAAUGUGGAAAUAUGAACUGUCCAAAUCUUGUGGAUCAGACAUGUGCCUAGUUUGCUGUGCAGCAUUGGUCUUCUUACUGCGAUUUUUUGUCACCGCUGAAGUAACGCCCAUAGCGAGCUAAAAAGCCAAGAAAAAAUUGUUACAGUCAUUUGAAUGGUUGGAAGUUGAGAUUUUUUUUUUUUCGAUCGAUGGUUUUUCUUACCUUGUCUUCGAGAUUUUCGCACUUUUCUUUAUACAUUUCUAAUUCUUCUUCCAGUUCCUUCAGUCUUCCUUCAGACUGCUGGCGAAGUUCGUAUUGACGAUUUUUUAAUAAAGCGGAGUCAUAUUUUUCCUGCAAUUUGCAAAAACUUAAGAACAUUGUAAUCGAUCAAUUUUCUUCAAGUAACUCGAAUAUAUAUUAUUUUUACCAUCAA